CCAAGGCCUUAUCCAGGGUUUUCAUGCGCAAGACCGCCAGCCUGCAAAGACGCCCGUCAAUAUGGCGGUGAAGACCUUGCAGGGGUACCGCGCAUAUCAGGUGAAAUAUAUGUGGCGCGACUUCAAGGUGGAGACAAGCUGGACCUUCAGCUACCCACAAGCUGUGGAAUGGCACAGGACAUUGUGUGCCAUGAAGAAGUCCGUCGAGGAUCGAUUUGAAAAGAGGCGCAAGAACUCCGAGCCCGAGAGCCUUCCGCCCAUCACGCUGCGGGAGGUGGCUGAUGCGUUUGUGAACAGCCCAAGCCUGGAGCUCACCUUCGUCUCAUUGCUCUCGUGCAACAAAAAGCGAAUCAGUACGGUGUAUACAAGCAACUACCGGAUUGCCCUGAAGCAAUGGCAAGAGCUUGCGGACUUGCUUGCACGCUGCAAGCAUUGGAAACAGAAGGAGCUCGACAAAGCCCUAGAUAACUUCAAGAAAGACGCCACCGGCACUGUGGAAUAUGAGAAGACGCGUCUGGCUCGGCGAGAGCGCGAGCUCAUUGCGUCAGUCGGUGGGGCUCUCCAGAAAGUAGACUCGAAGGUGGGCAACGAGUUGCAGAAACUCAUUGGGCUGGACCAGCUCAGCAUGUCUGCAGAGGAGGUCGUGUCCCACCUUGAGGAGGCUCCUCCAGCUGUGGUGACCAGGUUGCGGACCUACGUCUUCAGUUUCCUGAAUGGUGCUCAAAGGUUGAAGGACACAGCCGUGAAGGUGGUGGUUGACAAGAAGAAACAGCAGGACAAAGGAGUGAUUACGUCGCCGCUUUUCACGGAUCAGGGGAGCGCAGUACUUCCACAAGUUCUGCCAUUUCUGUCGUUGAGACAGGUGAUGUACUGCCGCAGGGUGUCCAUCAAUUGCUUUGAAGCCUCCAACGUGAAUCUCAGGCUGCGAUUGAGCGGAUUCGUUUACGCUGCCGAUUUCCUGCAUGGAAGAAGAAGAAGUCGGUCAGGACGCUGGCUGAAUGCAAACCUUGAGACGCAGGUCCGCCAUUUGAAUGGCCUUCUAUCGACCCCGAGCUUCUCAAAGUUCUUCCAAGACCUCGACCUCCGGCAGGCGCCCAAACAGGCUCUCAACGCGAGUUCCAUUGCUCCCUGCCUUGCGCGGAUGGUGUCACUUCGCUCACUGUCGCUCCCAUUUUUCGGCAAGGAGUGGGCCAAGUCUGAGUUGUCUCGCAUUCACAAGGCCCUGCCACAAGGAGCUUCCUGCGAAAGCUAUAGUGACAAGGGAUCGCUGGAGAUUGAACAUGUGCAGGGCGAAAAGCGAUAUGCUUUGAAGGGUAAAUCCCUUCGCUAGAAGGAUGGCCUCCAGUGGUCAUGCGUCGAAAGUUCCCCACCUGAUUGGCCAGCGUCAGGGUACCAUUUUCC